CUUCGUAUUUUCCUUGGGUAUUUUUGGCGCCUGUCAACUAUAUUUUCAUAAUCAUCACUAAACUACUAAAUAUAUUAUAAACUAAAUAACUAAAUAAACUAAAAAUAUUAUAAAUAAUAUGUACGAAAAAGUCAGAUAUUUGCAGUAAUUAGGCAAAGCUGCUUAUUGCAAGAGUAAGUAUAAGGUAAAAAAUAUUUCCAAGAGGAAAUUAGUUUGAAAUCCGCUUCCGUUUCUCAAUUUUCAUUUUUACAUUGAACAUCAAGGAAUUAAUCACAGACAGAGAACGAGACACAUUAAUUGUUUUCAGCAUACCCAUUAAGUGUCCAAAUGUAUUUCUAAACAUUUUCAAAACUCAUUACCAUUUCGUCGUUACAGGUAAAAUAUCUGUAAGAAUUGGAAUAAAAGUUAAGACUUAUGUGAGCGUCAUAUUAUGUUGUAAGUAAAAGUUUAUAUAUUAAACUUUAUAUUGGGUUGAAUACUGAAUUUAACAUAAUUAUGUAAUGUUUUGUUCUGUUAUUACGUUUAAUUUGGUAAAUAUAUGAAUUACUAUUAUACAUAUCUUAAAGUAUUGGCAGAGAAUGUAUAAUAUAAUCUACAUUCUCUGGUAUUGGUAUGGUAUAACACAGUUAUCGUUAUUUAUUCAAGUGACAUGUGCACACUUUAUAGCAUCUCUGUUUUUUAUCUCCGUGACUAUCUCUCGUAUAAGAAGAAGCAUUGACAAAUGAAUAUUUCUAAAUAUUCUACGUAAAAACAAAGGACGCAAUUUGCAAUUUGGAAAUAUACAUUUAGGUGUAAAAUAAUUACACUAUAUUUCAGUGUGUCGACGUAGUUGGAGAUAUUUAAGAAAUAAAAUGCCUGCAGAUCAAAUACAAUACUCGGAAAAGUACUUUGAUGCCAUUUACGAAUACAGACACGUUAUUCUGCCGCCGGAUUUAACAAAGCUGGUACCAAAGUCUCAUUUAAUGAGUGAAACUGAAUGGCGAAAUUUAGGUGUGCAGCAGAGUCCAGGUUGGGUGCACUACAUGAUCCACGCGCCUGAACCUCAUGUAAUACUCUUCCGAAGACCACGAACAGAUAUUCCAGAAUCUGGUACGAAUAUUAACAUCAAUAAUUCUGUUGCCAUAAACAAUACAAAUAAAGAACAACCUGCAGCACAACAGAAACAGAUGAACGCUAACAAUAAUGUAUCAGUACAUGGAUAAUAUAAGUGUUUCUACAUAACAUAGGAAUGAUAGACACACACCACAGUUCAAAACAUUAAGGCCUGUAAGAUUUUAAUAUAUAAGUUUUUUUAUAUUAUUUUUAAUUUUAAUCAUUUGUGAAAAGAUGUAAUAAUCCAUUGAAAAUGCAUGAAUUACUCAGCGUUAGAAAUCAAAGAAUUUUAUUUAAUUUAAUAAAUAUGUAUUACACAUUGAUCUGUGAAUAGACUAUAUAUCUAUAUAUUGACAUUGUUGAACACAAAAGAGAAAUAUUCAAGCAAACAUAUAUAAUAUGAAAAAAGCAAAUAAAAAAACAUUAGAAUUAAGGUUUUAUUGCUGCGAUGAAUUAAAGGUUUUUUAUAUGACACAAUGAAAA